AUGCCGGUGCAAAGAAACGACAGUCCCGUGCCGCAGCACACGAGACAACACUUAGCACCUGCGCAGCCGGGAGAUUGGGCAGCAUCAAGACAGGGGACGCAGGUGAAGGCCAAGAGAUCCAUGCUGACCAACUGGGAGAUCGCUUUGAAGGGAAAGGACGUGCAGCUCGUGCCCUACCGCCGGAAGCACGUUCCUACCUACCAUGACUGGAUGCAAGACCCUUGGAUAAGAGAGAUGACGGCAUCGGAACCCCUCUCUCUGGAGGAAGAGUACGCCAUGCAGCUCUCGUGGAAAGAAGACCCCAAGAAAUGCACCUUCAUUGUCCUCGCCCUCAGUGGCGGUGGGGGGGGAGAGGGCAAGGAAAAGGGUACCGGAGAAUCCGCGGUGAUGGCCGGGGACGUAAAUCUGUUCUUCAACGAUUACGAAGACCCCGGCAUGUGCGAGGUGGAAGUGAUGAUCGCAGAGGAGGGGCUUCGAAGAAGAGGGCUCGCCAAGGAGGCAGUGCUGAUGCUCAUGCGCUAUGCCUUGGACAACCUUGGUGCGACGACGUUCUACUGCAAGAUUGGUGACGCAAACGUGGCGUCCCGCGCACUGUUUGAGAAAUUGGGUUUUCGUCGACAUGCGUACGUGGAAGCCUUCAAAGAGACCGAGCUGCGGCUUCAAGUCGCCGGGGGAACGGGAGCGUCGGCGGAGGGCGUGACGGAGAGCCCGGAGAUGGUGGCGGCGGCCGCGGCGGCGGCAACGUUGCGGACGCAAACCGAGCACGUGGAGACUAUGCCGUACCCUGCCCCGGCAGAAACAGAGGCGGGAGCGACCGAAAAAGCGGUGGGCGUUGUCGACACAUGCAUAUUGUAGAUACUCGCUGGACCGAGGUGCCCUUC